AUGAAAGGUUUAGCAAUCCAACAAUCACAUCCCCUCGUCGAAGAAAAUAUGUCGAAUUUGACUUCUGCCUCUGGUGAAGCCAGCGUUUCUUCUUCGACUAACAAAACUGAUAAUGGUGUAAUGUACCCACCUCAGUAUUUUCCUCCAGCAAAUGAUCAGUCUCAGCCUCAACUUGUGAAGAAAAAGAGAAAUCAACCAGGCAAUCCAGAUCCUGGUGCAGAAGUGAUAGCUUUAUCACCAAGAACUCUCUUGGCAACCAACAGAUUUGUGUGUGAAAUUUGCAACAAAGGGUUUCAAAGAGAUCAGAAUCUUCAACUUCACAGAAGAGGGCACAAUUUGCCAUGGAAGCUUAAGCAGAGAACAAGUAAAGAAGUGAGGAAGAAAGUAUAUAUUUGCCCAGAAACUACUUGUGUACACCAUGAUCCAUCAAGGGCACUUGGGGACCUAACAGGGAUCAAGAAGCACUUUUGUAGAAAACAUGGGGAGAAGAAAUGGAAAUGUGAGAAAUGUUCAAAGAAAUAUGCAGUUCAAUCUGAUUGGAAAGCCCACUCCAAAACCUGUGGCACUAGGGAGUACAGAUGUGACUGUGGAACCCUUUUCUCAAGGAGGGACAGUUUUAUUACUCACAGAACCUUUUGUGAUGCUCUAGCAGAAGAGAGAGCAAAAACAAUAACUAGAAACAACACCCCAAUUCUCACAUCUCAAGCAAGUUUUUCAACAUGCCAUAUAAACCUUCAAGUUUCACCCCAAUUCAAUGCUCAUAAUUUCCCAUUCCCAAUAAAAAAAGAGCAACAAAAUUUCAGUUCUAGACCUGAGAUUCCACCAUGGCUAGCUUCUUGUCCACCAGCACUGGGACCUGGACCCACUCCUGGCUCUGGCCCGCCACUAAUCGACCUUUCUCCGUCAAUCCUCAACCCUAGAUUAGAUCAAGAAUUUUCUCGGGAUGAGCUACUAUUUUCUCAGAAUCAAAACCCUAACCCUAGUAGUGGCCAUGGACCCUCAAGGGCCUCAACCCUACUACCUUAUAACUCAGCUGCAUCUCCUCAUGUUUCAGCCACUGCAUUGCUACAGAAAGCUACACAAAUGGGUGCAAAAACUAGCCCAUGUCCAUCACUGGCGGCCAUGCUUAUUAGACCCCACCAAGAUCACAUGUCCGCUGCAGAUUCUGUUCAUAGUACAACAGCUGGUUUUGGUCUAAACUUGUCCUCACGUGAGAAAAUGGCCAGUGGGUUCAUCGAUGGCUUGGCUUUAUAUGGGAAUAAAGCUGCACUGAAAGGUAGUACAGACACAGGUGCACCAGCAGCAGGUGAAAGUGGUGGAAGUGGACCUUCUUUGCUUCAUGACAUGCUGAUGAACAAUACUGGAUUUGAAGGAUCAACUUUUGAAGAUGCAUUUGGUGGGAUCUUCAAUUCUUUAAAGAAAGAUGAAAUUUUUCAUGCAGCCCAUAAUAAGUUUAGCACAAGUGAAGGUGGUGGAAUUGAUGGAACUACAAGGGAUUUCUUGGGAUUAAGGCCUAUUUCUCAUAGUGACAUUUUGAGUAUUACUGGCCUUGAUCAUAACUGCAUGAAGACUUCUUAUGAGGAUCGAAACGAAAUAGAAAACCCGAAAUCUUGGCAAGGUUAG